AUGUUAAUCGCAAGUCCCUAUAAACUGAUCUUGAUCCAGAAGAAUCUUAGCUGGGCAGGAGCUCUGAGAUACUGCAGAGAGAAUCAUGUGGACCUGGUCUCAGUUCACUCUGAGGAGAUCCAGCUCUGGGUGAAGGAUGUGGCUCAGAAUGCCUCCACUGAUCAUGUGUGGCUGGGUCUGCGUCACACCUGCACCCUCAGCUUCUGGUUCUGGAUGAGUGGAGACUUUAUCUGCUAUUAUAACUGGGCUCCAGGUAACGGGACAGACAGUGAAGACUGCAGUCCUGUAGAGGAGAUCAGCAGUGGGUCAGCUUGCCUGAGAACCAGACUUUCAACUUCAUCUGCAUCAGAUAUGAAGGGUACUGGAGAGUCUCCAUACUUUUUGAUGUUUCGCCGGGAACCUAGAACUACUAUAGAUUUUAUAUUGGGUCAGGUACAGGAUCCCGUUCCUGGUGAGGUCCAGGACUGGGUGGUGGAACAUCAGGCCAAGUUAAAGUUGGCGUUCGAUGAAGCCUAUGAGCAGCUGUUGGUAGCUGCUGGUCGCCGGAAGGAAAGACAUGAUCAGCAGGUUCGGGAGGGAGAACAGGAGGCUGUGUGUGGUGUAUCUCCAUACGUUCCUCAUCGGUAUCACUUUGUGGAUCAGAGUAAAACCUGGACUGAAGCUCAGAUCUACUGCAGACAGACCUACACUGAUCUGGCCACCAUCAACAACAUGGAGGAGAUGAAGAACCUGAACGAGACUCUGAAGGAUAAAGGUGAAAACUUUGUUUGGAUUGGUCUGGCCAAGGGGGACACUGGGAAAUGGCGGUGGUCUCUGCCAGAUGGAAAUGUCUACACUAGUGAAGCUCACAGCUACUGCAGAGAACAUCACACAGAUCUGGCCAGUGUGAGGAACGAGAAUGAGAGACAGCAGAUCAAUGCAGCAGGAAAUGGUGUUAAUUUCUGGAUUGGCCUGUAUAAAGACUCCUGGAAGUGGUCAGAUCAGAGUAGUUCCUCAUUCCGAUACUGGGAGUCAGAUGAGCUGAUCUUGAUCCAGCAGAAGCUGAGCUGGAGAGAAGCUCUGAGAUACUGCAGAGAGAAUCAUGUGGACCUGGUCUCAGUUCACUCUGAGGAGAUCCAGCUCUGGGUGGAGGAUUUGGCUCAGAAAGCCUCCACUGAUCAUGUGUGGCUGGGUCUGCGUCACACCUGCACUCAGGGAUUCUGGUUCUGGACGAGUGGGUUUUCCGUCUGCUACCAGAACUGGGCUCCAGGUAACGGUGCAGAAGGUGAAGACUGCAGUCCUGUAGAGAGAACCGGAGCGGUGCAGGCUGGAGAAGAUCAGCAGUGGGUCAGCCUGCCUGAGAACCAGACUCUCAACUUCAUCUGCAUCAAAUAUGAAGGUUAGAUUUAGUGUUUAUGUGUUAUUUGUUCAGAAUAUGGAAAUAGUCAU